AUGGCGCAUGGGUUCAAGCUAGCGGUCCUGCUGGCCGUGGUGAGUGUGAUCGGUGCCCAGAAGCAGCAUCAGCUGCAUCAACAGCAGCAGCAUCAAUCGCAGCAACGCCAGCAACAACAACAGCAGCAGCAGCAGCAGCAGCAGCAGCAGCAACAGAUCGAUCCACGGUACAAGCAGAUACCGAUCGUCAACGUCGAGAACGUGCUCGAAGUGGACGGCAAGUUCCGCUACAGCUACGAGGGUGGCGAUGGGACGCGGGCCGCCCAGGAUGGGCAGCAGAUCGUGGUGAACAACCAGGUCGGCACCGCUUCGCAGGGACAGUACACGUAUCAGGGUGACGAUGGCAAGACGUACUCGGUGACGUACAUUGCCGACGAGAACGGAUACCGGCCGGUGGGAGAUCAUCUGCCGACGCCACCCCCGGUUCCGGCGGCGAUCGCCCGUGCCCUCGCCCACCUUGCCACCCUGCCACCGCCGAAGCUCGAGAAUGGUCGGGCCGGGAAGUUCUGA